CAAUAGAGGAAGGGAAGGAGGCGGAGGGGAGGGGAACGUGAAUCACCGGAGACGUCAGCCAAGCCCCGUUGCUUUACGAGGAGGCGCGCCGCAGUUUGUUGCAACUUUUGUGUUGCGGGCAGGACGUGUUUCGUACGCGCUACCCGACUUGGAUAAUAAUAAUUAUUAACAAACAAAUAUAUAGAUAUACUUCUUAAAGGAAGGCUGCUGCUCUCACCGCCGUUGCUUGGUGGCGUUAUAAUAAAGGGGGGUUUGUUUAGGAGGACAUAGGGCGAGGCACAAGGGAAGAAGAGGCACCAGGGAUUUGCGGAUGAUUUCGACUUGUUGAAGAUGAUGUCGGAGCGAGGCUCGUUGUUCCGCAGAUGAAGAGGAGUUGUCGGCGGGACUGGAGCACACGAGGCGGGGUGGGGGGGAAGAAGAUUAUGGGAUGGAUUAUCUUCGCAUAGAGGAUUAUCACUGCUCCGCAAGCAAAAUAGAGCAUUGUGGGACCGAUGAUGUAGGCGAUGAAGAAGGACCUUGUGGGAUGCGAUGCAACGGGUCGAGGUGCAGUGGCCCCAUGGCCACCUGUGAAAAUGACACUGAGGUUUGUCGAAAUGCAACACCAGACUGGGAGGAGCGCUGUUCAGCUGACACUGAAGACUCUGGUACCACGGAGGACGUUGGGAUUGCCGGCCACGGAGCACGGCACGGCAGUGCCGAGAGCUUAGAGCUCGUGUGGUCUGAAUGCAACGGCGAAAAUGGUUUCGCUUGCCAGACUCCAGACCAUGGGCUGGACGGGAGCGACGGUGUGGUGAGCAGCCCCCGUUGCGGACUUCAACAGCGGGGAGGACCUGACGUAGACCCGGCCAGCGGUGGGGAGUCGGACCAUUAUGUGACGCAGCUGAGGGACGCGUUUGAUGCCUGCGAUAGAGGCGGUAGCGGGCGGCUGGACCACGCCGCACUGGAGGAGUUGGCCACGUGGCUUCAGCUGGACGCGGACCUGCACCUUCCGCUACUUCUGCAAAAGCUGCUGGGAGAUGAGCCCAGCGCCACAGUGAACUUUGAAGCUUUCAAGAAGGGCUUCGUGUGGCUUUUGUCAGAGGGCCCUGCGCUGGCCGAGUGCUGCGAAUCACAAACCGAUGGAGAGCUCGACGCGACGACGCCUUCGCAGGACGAUGGCCUCACAGCGGACCAGGUGGACGAGAGUGGAGUCUCUUCCCUGCGCACCGACCAGGACGAGGCAGAGGAGCGCAGUGAGGUGGAGCCCAAGCUGGUGCGUGGGGGGAAACGCUACGGUCGGCGCUCCCGGCCGGAGAAUUCGCUGUCUGAGCAGUGGAAUGGGGACGGGGCCUCCCUGGGUCACGGGGACGGAGGGUCGGCGGGCAAUGGCGACGAAGCGGAUGGCAGCAGUGGAGGGAGCGAUCCCACCGGCGAUCCCUUCUCGCCCAUCUUGCACAACGGCCGGCCGGAUGUGUACGAAGGAGGCGUCUUUGGGCCGAGCGAGGGCACUUUUGAAGCCGAAGGCCAGAACCCGUGGCACUCGUCGGCUUUCCUGAGCAGCAGCGGCGUGCUCGAUGCGGACCCGCCGGACGCGCUGGGCUCCAUCGAGGAGCGGCUGCUCGCCGACCUGGGCCUGGAGCCCGGAGCGCGGCUCGACCCGCAGGAGGCCGCCGCCGUGUGCACGCAGCUCCAGCUGCAGCACGAGUGGCAUGCGGUGCAGGCCCAGCUGGAGCCAGCGGAUGACGGGACGGUGAGCUGCUCAGAGCUGCUGCAACUCCUGCAGCAGAGCGGAGUGGACGAGGAGGGGGAGGCUGAGCCAGAGGAGCGGAGGGAAGAGGAGGAGGAAGAUUUGGAUGAUGAGCGCACCAGUCUGUCCUCGCAGAACCUGUCCCUGGGACGUUACACGCCGAGUUUGUCGCCCCCUCCACCCGGCGUCCUCCGACAGCUCAAGCGCUUCCACUACAGCCAGGAGGAGGGCGGGCGACGCACGGCCACCCCGUCCCUGCUGGCACCCAGUGGCCACGAGCUGCUCUUCUCGGAUCUGGACGACGGCACGGGCAGCGUUCACACCGAGCGCCUCCUGGACUCGUGGCUCGCCGACGGCGUGGCGCAGCCGCACACGAUCCUCGAGGCGCUGCAGUUGAGCGGCAGUGAGCGCGUGUGCCGCGCUGACCUCACCGCUGCCAUCGACGCGGAGAUGCUCUCCUCUGGGGACGGGCUGCCCCGGGUCACGCUGCUCGCCUACAAGGCGGAAGUGAGGACGCAGAGGAGCCAGGCAGAACAGGCAAGCGUGGAGCGGGAGAAGCUUCGCGUGGACCUGGAGCGCACGGAGCGCCGCUGCUCCAAGCUCGCGAACGAGACGGACGAGAGGCACGACCAACUCGAGAGCCUCAACUCCAGCCGCAUCAGUGAGCUGGAGCAGGACUGCCGGGAGAAAGUGGCAGCGACGCGAAUGGAGAUGGACAAGGAGCGCGAGCUGAUCAUGAGCCACGUGAACCGGCAGCGCGAGAAGCUCGAGGCGGAGAUCGACAACCUCCGCAAGGACGAGGCCGAGCUCCGCGACCGUCUUGGCAUCACCAUGAAGGAAAAUUCCCGUCUGGAGCGGGAGCUGAGCGACCUAGCGGAGCGGUUGGCCGACUCGGAGAAGCAGGUGUGCAGCCUCAAGGAGCAGCUGCACAGAGCACUUCACGGCGGGGGAGAUGAUCUGGACCCCACGAGCGCGGAGUUCUUGGCGCGAGAAGAGCGCUUCGCUCACGUCUUGCGGGAGCACGAGCAGCGGUGCAGGGAAAUGCAGGACCGGAUCGACGAGCUGCAGUCGGAGGUGGAGCUGCUGCGCACGCGAGCGUUGCCCCGCAAGGGCGGCCGCCUCAACGGGGAGAGGAUGAGCCCCGAGGGCGGGGAGGAGCUGGGGCAGGAGGAUGCUCGGAGCAUGUCGGCGAGCAGCAUAGGCAGCACGGGUUCCCUCCGCUCCAGGAUCCGCAGAAAACUGCCCGACAUCAUGCGCAAAGGCGUGCGCUCCCCAGAGGCGGCGUCGCCUGGGCUCAGUAUCGAGGCCGAGCUGGUGCUGGAGAAUCUCAAGGAGCAGCACCAGCAGGAAGUGUUUCGUCUCACCGAGGCGCUGACUUCCAAGGAGGAGGAAUUUGAUACGAAGCUCGAGCAAACCCGGGCAGAGGCAGAGAGGAGGGCACGCGACGCGGAAGACCGUCUCGAGGCGAAGGUGGCCGACGCCCGAGCGCGGCACUCGGCCCUCGAGGUCCAGGUGGCCUCGCUGAGGGAGCUCGUUGAGGAGGCGAGGGCUCAGCGAGACGAAGCCCUUGCACGCCUGAACGAGAAGCGGGCGGAGGCGGAGGAGAAGGCCUGCCUCCUCGACGCCAUCAGCAAAGAGCACGUGCAGCAGUUGGAGAAGAAGGUGGAGGAGGGGCGGCAGGAGGCGUUCAAGUCCAACGAGCAGGCCGUGCAGAGGUUGCGGGUCGCGUUGAGUGACAAGGAGCAAGAAGUGGACAGAGUCUCGGCGAGGUUGAGGGAGGCCGAAAAGGAGAGUGGCGACCUGCAGUCACAGCUGAGUGCCAAAGACGAAGAGGUGACCUCAAUCAAGAGGAAACUGGACGAGGUGGAGAGGGAAAAGGGUCGGAUUCUGUCCACCACUGAGGCAGACAUUGAGAAGAUCCACAACAAGUUGCAGGCCAAUGGAGUGGACCGAGCCAAGGACUAUGAGGCAGAGAAGCUACAGAUGCAGGCCAUGCUGAAGAGGCAGAAGCUGGACAUGGAGAAGAAGCUGCAGAUGGAGAAGGCAGAGGUUGAGCAGCACUUUGCGCUACAGGUGUCGGAGUUGGCCAGGCAACUGGGCGAGGAACGCGAGAGGAUGCAGCGCGAGCUGACGGACCGACACCAGGCAGAGAUGGCGCAGCAAAGUGUCGGGAAAACACCUGGACACGUCAAGCGGGUGCACUGGAAGGAAGAUUUGGAAGGCUGUGCAACGGUAAAUAAGGUUAGAAAUGAGGAUGGACAGCACCUCGAUGGAGCGCUCGCACCUGACCGGUGUCAGCCCAAGGUGAAAUUGAAACCAGUAAUGAAAAUUUCUAAGCCCGUGAGGAGUGCGGAAUUGGAAGGACAGGCGAAGGGACGGAGAGUGCAAGGCACGACGGCAGCAGAGAAAGGUCUCGAUGAAAACAUUGGUGGAAACACGUGGCAAGAUGCAAAGAGAGUUCGCAAAAGCCUUCAGUCCAAUGAUGCUAAAGAAGAUGCUAAAACCAGAAUUGCAGUGAUAGUUAAAGAUGGGAACCCUCACUGCAGACAGGACAACAUUAACGUGGGCACCACUCUAUCAUUAAUGGCGUGUGCACAACGCAAGGAUGCACUUUUCCAUGGUAAUGGGACCCAAAUUGAUGCUGGCAAGUCAGGGAUUGAGGAGCCGAGGCUGAAUGUGAAUCGCUGCCUGGAUGUUGGUGCUGCUGGAGUCCAUAAAGGUCCCAUGCUGCCAGUGAGCCAAGUCCAGCGCAGUGUUCGCCAUGGAGGCCGCCCCACAUCCAGCUGCGCCGAGUCAGAGACGGAACUGGGCGUCUUGCAGCCUGUGGGUGAUGUGUUUAUAAAUGGGCUUGAAGUUGCGGCGCACGCAGAUGCGGCGAUAGCAAUCGAAUCUUCCGAGGAAUAUGGACCCAAUGGCACUGCUGAAAUUGAGCUAGGGAAGGAAGCUGUUAGAGGACAGGUGGCCAUCCCAGACAUCGCCCCACGUGGGAUCGUGUGGACGCAAUGGAGCGUGAACGAGAACGUGAAGAACAAAGUGGCGGGAUGUCGUGGCGUUGAAGACGAGAUGUCUGGUGAAAAUGAACGAACCGUGAAAAAGCAAAGCAACUCGAAAGGUGGCGAUGCAGCCGAACUUGAAGACGAGGUGAAGUCGUCGAUCGGUGCUGCCGGGAAAGAGAGGGCGGCACUACAGGCGGCCAUCUUGAGGUGGUCCGCACUUGCUCGGAGGCUGGAGAGGGAAAGGGUGGCAGCGGCAGAGAGGCACAGAAAAACUGUUGAGCAGCUGAACAAGGAGAACCUUGAUGCCAAGAAAAUCAUGGAGAGUCUGAAUCAGCAGGUCUUGGACAGGAGUGCCGAAGUCGACACUCUGCACUUGGACAACGGUAACCUCACUUCACAGUGCAGGAGCCUACAGGCGGAGCUGGAGGCCCUGUCUCGCAAGGUCACGAGCAAAGAUCAGCAGCCGAGUCAUCCACAAGGCUUGGAUGCUCUUGUAACUAUGGGACAGAACCAGACUGAGGCAUAUGCUCGUCUGGAAGAGCCCACGAGUCACAUUUCUUCAGGCCUUCCUCAUCAUCCAAGUCAGAAGGAAAUGGUUGCCAGGCAACCAGAUAGGGCCGAAUCCUCCCCGUGCCUGGAGGGUCCAACGGAACAUGUCUCCUCAGGCUUGCCUCACCAUCCAAGACAGAAUGAAACAAUCUCAGAACAGUCGGGCCUAGUGGAGGCCUCAUCUUACAUGGAUGGCCCCUCUCAAAAUGGCGCCCGACCCUGCCAUCCCAGUGGGCGCGAAGCCAUUACCAAGCAGCGCGAACAGGCCGAAGCCUCUCAUCGUCUGGAGGCUGAGCAGCAGCGACAAAAAGAGGCCGAGGCCCGCAUUGCCAGGCUUGAGGCGACCGUGGAGGCAGCCGAGCUGAAGGUUCGCCUUCUGGAGGAGGAGAGGCGGACACUCAAGCGGGAUCUGGCGGCCUCAAAGGAUAAGGCAUUCUAUCGAGCAGCCGAGGAUGUGUCUCAGCUGUCCACGUUGGCGAAGGACCGAGAUCUUCUACAGGAGGAGAGGGACGUGCUCUCUCGGGAGCUCGACGCUUACAGAACCCAGGUGACGCGCCUCUCCCACGUGGAGCGGGAGGUGGGCAGCCUUCGUGAGAACAAACAGAAGCUGGAACAGCACUCGCAGGCCAUGUCCGAGCACCUGCACCAGUCCAGCGAGAAGAUAAAGAGCCUUGACACGAGCCUUCUCAGCGCUACGGCUCAGACGGCUGCUCUCCAGUCCGACCUGCGCCUGGCGCAGCAGGAGAGGGAGACCCUGCGGCAGGAGGUGGUGUCGAUGACGCGGGCGCUGCAGCUCACACGGGACAAGGCGUACGCACUGGAGUGCUCGGCUCAGGCGGCGUCCGACACGUCCCAACAGAAGCAGCUGUUCCGCGAGGGCGUCACGCGGCUCACGGAGCGCGAGCUUCGUGAGCAACGCAGUGAGAACGAUCAUCUCGCCCACGAGGCUCAGCUCGCACGCGCAGAGCUGGCGCACGCGCGCGACAAGGUCUCGCAGCUGGAGAUGGCGAUGGCUUCGCUGCAGCAGAAUGGGCACAUGGCGCAUGCGAGGCUGCUGCAGCUGUCGGAGCAGGAGGUGCUCUCCCUGCGGGGCCGCGUCGACGCCCUGCAGGCCCAGCUCCGGGCACACCAGGAGAAGGUGAAGCAGAUGGGUGAAGUGGAAGUGGAGUUGCAGCAGGCGCGGGCGGAGAGCAGCCGACUGCGGGAGGAGAACGCCCAGAUGCAAGAGCGCCUGUCCAACUCGCUCAGACAGGCGCAGUCGCACGUCCCGCUUGCUCGCCUCGAGGAGGUGCGGCAGAGGCUGGCGGAGGAGGAGCAGCGGGUGCGACAUCUGGAGAGCGAGCUGGAGCACGGUCGUUCGGCCGGGAGCACGGCUGAGCAGCAGGAGGCAUACGAGCGCAUGCUGAAGAGCAUGGGCUCGCGCAUGGAGGAGGUGGAAGGGAAGCUCAAGUCCGUGCGCGUGAUGCUGCAGGAGAAGGUGACGCAGCUCAGGGAGCAGCUGAACCGCAACGAGCAGGCGGACAUGCGCAUCAAGGACCUGUACGUGGAGAACUCGAAGCUCAUGAAAGACCUGCAGCUCAUGGAGCAGCGGCAGCGCACGGCCGAGCGCAAGAGCUUCCUGCUGGAAGAGAAGGUGGUCGCUCUCAACAAGCUGCUGCGCAAGCUGGUGCCGGAGCCCCUCCAGCCCAUGCUGUGAAACCACGCUUGGUCCAACCUCCAUGCAACCAGGCAAAGGCCAAACGAGCAAACAAAAAAACAGGGUGCCAGGUCCAGCGUUUGUCAGGCGGUUGAACCGCUGGCCUGCUGGACUCGUGGUGCGACAAUCCCGCGAGUCACCAUUUUUGGAAGGGACACAGUUGGUCGAUUGCACGUGCUGCAAUUGGCGUGUGCACGAGAAGUACCCAAUCGUGCAGGGCUACGGUGAGUCUGUACAGCAAGUAGGUGGUUGCCAACCACUCUGUGCAGAAUUUUGAAUAUUGAUCCUCGUGUGUGGGCGGUUUUCUCCAGGCACUUCCUCCGGCGUGAAGUGCCGUUACUCAAAAAGGAGACGUGGCAAGAUACAGCGGGGAUGACCCUUCGGAGUGAAUUGUUUGGGUUAAGAAACGACUCGUGUGAUAUUAUUUACCACCAUGCAGUGAGAAAUAGCCCAACACCGCCUCUGCCAAAGGUUUGUCAUCUCUAAUGACUACUCGUCAGGGUCAUGACCAUACCAGCCAACAAAGCGGACCACUCGACAAAGCCACACUCCCUUAUCUCCAUCGGAAUUAAUGAAACCUCCAGCGCAAUGCUACAGAAUGGAGCGAUGCGGCGAACAGUAAACGGUACGACGGAAUGGCUUUCGGCCGCCCCCGGGGCACGCUGCAUCUUGGGGAGUGUUGCGGUUGCUGUUGCCAGUUUGCCGCUACCACCAUGGAGGCUGCUGUGGCUAAUCCAGUGCCCUUUUUGGGCAUUUGCCAGUGCACCGCGUCCCGAAACGAGGUAGGACAAUCGUGAGGCUGUCCCCGGCUGUUUUUCUUUGACGGCAGACCAAAGGUGUGUUAGACGUUGUGUGCCUUUAUUAAAAAUACAUGAACUCCGACACACAAAGGGCAAACGUAUCCCCACCCCGUUUUUCCUUAUAGCUGGUACAGGCGAGUACUGUUAGUGAGCACCUACAAAGGCUGGUGCGGUGUGCGAUGGCGCGGUGUGGCAGGACACCCACACCCGACCGCCUCUGUCUCCCCACUGCUGAUGUUUACAUGCCGCGCACGGUACUUGUUUGAGACAUCUGACAUCACUUGCCAAUUCCGUUUAUGUAUCAUGGCCAGGAAUCAAACUCGCAUCACGAAAAUUGUAGCAGCAAAGUCCGCUGAAUCAGCACACCAACCACGCUAAACUGCCACAUCUCUGCUCCUACACAUACAAGUGCCUGGAUAUGCCAGUAAUCAAUAAUUCAGCGUGAUGAUUGUAUUUAAAAAUGAGAGCAUCUAACAUCAAGGCUUGAACUCAGGCCGCACCACCUUUCAAGUGCAAUGGUCGUAGUGCACUGAGUGUACUAAAGUAGUUUUACAAUAAGGUGUGUAACUACGUCCCCUAUCAUGGUGUGUACAUUUCUUUGAGAGCUAAGACGGUCUUAUAACGCUAACUUUGCAUCAUGUGACAAGCAAUUACGCUUUUUUGUGACUCAUUUUUUAAAGCUAUAUAAACCUUUUACCAAAUCCAUAUUUAUAAAUUGGGUUCAAACAAGCUUUUAACAAAGCUUUAGAUUUUAAGGUGAUGCCACUAAGAUGUUUCACGGGCGAUUGCAUUUGCGACGUGUCUUUAAAGAUUCAUGAUCAGAGCUGCAAAGUGCCACUGAAGCAUCCCCUGUGUCUUCACAAUCAGACUGUUGCCUCGAAUCGUGUAUAUUCCAGCACAAUCACGAUGAAUGUUUUCAGAGAUGAAUUCUAAAAAAUAUAUAUAUAAAAUUACAGAACACGCCUAGGUGUGACCCACUGGCCGAGCAGCCCGAAGGUUGACCUGUAGACUUCCGUUGUUGGUCGAAUCAACCCAUGAUUUCUCCCCAGUGGCUGUCCUAUUGAAUGACUGGCCCCACCAUGCUAAUGUGAAACUUCCACCACUGGCCAAAGUAGACAAACAGAGCAUAUCGUUGCCCCAUUGUUCCUCUGAGUAGGGAGACAUUUUUAUUUGAAUUUGAUUUGCCUACAGAACAUUGUUCACGACGUGAAUUUACAGCUGAAUUUCUAAAAAAAAAAUCCUAAAUAUAUCGUCCAGGUAUUGCUAAAGGUAUUAAGACAAUCUGUGAAUGUUGAUGUCUGGAGGCAGCCUUGACGUUGCGAUAGUGCUGCCCGCUGUUGAGUUGCAAUGGGACAAGGAAGUAGCUGGUAUCUGCCAGCUCAUUCUCCUCCCUUACCCUUGGUCUCUGGAGCCCUGGCACGGAGCCACUUAAUUCUCAGAUGAUCUCCGCUGGCCAUAUAAACACCCGAAGUGGAGAGCGCACUUAACCGUUAAGGCUGGAACGGCGCACGAUGGGAGGUGCGGCCAGUGCCACACGCGGCGUUCGCCCACUGCGCCAGCCACUUAGUUAAGGCUUAGCCCAUGAAAGGCGGAGGGGGGGGGGCCCAUAACAAGUCCAAAUAUCACUUGGCAUCAAUGUGCAAUGGUGAAUUUCUCAUACGAGGCAACCGCUUCGGAAGGGUGCGUUGUUGGAGGGGUGUCGUGCACUCGCCAACGAGACCCUAGCCAUGUCCAUAACCCCAAGCACCGCCCCUGGUGCUUAACCCAGCCUGCCCUUUCUUUACAUUUGAGACGCUUUUCACUUGCGGCGGCCAAUGCACCCAGUGCCGAUGAACGUCUUGAAAAUCAAAGCAGUAAAAAAAAAAGGGACAUUGGACGGAGUGAUCGCCUGCAACUGACGUCGCGUCCAAGAAACUUCACGAUUAUAUAUAUUUUUCUUCUGCAUAGCCUCUGAGCACCAUCAAAUAACGCGUUCGCGUCACGUAACCGAACGUUGCGGUUAAGAGAGUUGUGAUGCACAUGUUUUUUUUUUACUCGGCUUUGUUGUUGUUACCCAUUGUGUGUGGCGUUGGCAAAACGCGAGUGUGCGCAAGUCCAGUAUAGCCAGUUUAAAAUCUUACCCGUUGUGCUGUUAAGUAGUAAAGCCAAAUUUACGUGCAUGUCAACAUUUCACACCGCCGGUUAACUGAUCUUCUGUCUGUUCUCUGCUCAUUUAAAUGCAAUUGUUGCUCAUUUGAACUUAAUGUAUGUGAUAUAAGUCGCAGUCCUUUAUUUAAGCCGAAGAGAGUACACUGGAAUCUAUUGUACUGCCAGAGAAGACGAAAUAGCAUCGGCUAGGCAGAGACGGAUAGUAGUCACUGCUUGGAUUUUGGUUGUAGGCCAUUUGUAAACUUGGGAUUUGGGUCUUGUAACCUCAAUAUGCAAUUUGUGCCGAGAAUAACCAGAUGCCCACUGCAUUUGCUAUAUAAUACUGCAAUGUAUGGCCCUUUACCAAAAUCCGCUGCUGGAUGAAGGCCUCCCCAUGCCUGCAGGUCAUGUGGGGGUUGUGUGACCAUACUUCACCAGGCUGGUCAGUGCGAAUUUGUGAAGGUGGUAUGCAGAACCAGUUGAGAUAUCACAUUCUACUGGGUUCAUCGCACAAUACGUUAACCACUGUGCCACCGCUCCAUUCGGUUAUACAGUAUCCAAUAAAAAAAAUGUUGCCCUUUGUCACAAGACUCUACCAUUGGGUAUGGGUGCAAUACCAUAACUCCUAAAAUUAAAACCGAAAACUAAAUUCUGCAUAAGGGAGUAACGGAGACCCAGGUCGUCUCCUUUGCAGAAAAGAUUGUGAAUAUGAAUCAGGUAAUUGCCCGAUUAAAUAAAGGACAUCGACUUAAACGCUUGACCGUAUAUUAUUUUACACACUGGAGGAUUGAUAAUAUAAUGCCUUUAGUGUUUAAAAUGUAAUUAACAAGGAAAAGGGGGG